AUGCUACUCAAAUUACAACGGCACGUCCUCAUCUCCAACGAAAAUAGCACAAGCAUUUCUCACCAGCCACCCGGAAGCACACACGCUUUGACUAGUGUCAGUGUCGCGGAAAUUGAAAACAAGCAAGAUAUAUGGCAGCAAGGUGAUGAAGAGCAAACCCCACCCACUGACUAUGCCCCUGGACAAAUUGCCACCCUUACCCCUUCCGAUGUACCACACAGCAUGCUUCCUGCAAGUGAAAAUGCUUUAGUGGUCAUUGCGGGCUCCGUUGCGGCCUUGAUCUCCCCGUUAUCCAGCAGUAUUUACCUGUAA